GUACAACUAUUACCGAAAGAGCAUCUAAGUCCACCUGCGCACUUCAACAUGGCAACAUCCAGCCGCGUACAAGUUGCAGACCACCAAACGGGCCUAUUAGCCCAAACUCAGACGAGCGAAGCGGCAAAUGUAGUCUCGUCGCUACUGCAGCGUGACAUGGAGGGGCACCAUGUAUACUUUAAUGAUCGUGGAUUCCAUAACCAUAUACCUCAUCAUUUGCUUUCUCUUUACGGGACAGGCUGCACAGUCCAAAAUCUUCAAGAUGCAUAUACCCUAAAUGCUGCCUAUCAAAUUAAGUCAAAAGAGAGCAACCACGAUAUUUUAAAAGAGCUGCAAGAAGAUUUUGACACAGCAUUCAUAAAUCAUGCGGGAAAUAGCGGCCACUAUUCGAGUUUCCUGGCCUAUUUCCAACAACAAGUUGCUGCGAUUGGAGUGGAGGCUUGCAUAAGCAAGUAUCUCUUCGGAUCGGGAGAAACAGCCGAGGCCAUGUUCCGUCGACUCUUUGCUGGUGUUCUUCAUCCACUCAUCCAGCUUAUGUUUGGGCUAGAGUGGGAGCAGCCUGCUAUCGUGGCCGAAGCCCUUGCGCAAAUUGCCAUUCACAGGGAAGAAAUCGGGGGUUUCUUUGCUGACGUGGAGAUACGAGCAGCACAGCUCAACGCCUCUGGUGGUACUUCGCAUCCAGUCCGCUCUGUGAUUGACAUCCUAGAGGCCGCUCAUGCAGAGCACCCGGCUCUGGUUGCCGCUGGCUCACCUGAGUUCAUGGGUAGUCUCUACGGUCCAUUAGUUGAUGGCAGCUACCGAGAGGAGCUUCUUGAUCUCCUUGCCGCCAUUUCAGUCGAUCCAACGUGCCUCGAUGAGCGAAUUGAUGAAAUGGUGCACACGUGUGCCUAUGUAUGCAGCGCCACUGCUUUCUGCCCUCCAUAUCAGCCAAAGUUUGACUUUUUCUUCAUUCAUCGCAAUAAUGCAUCACCCUUCUUCAUCUGGUUGAAGACGCAGGAUUGGAUAGCACAGGCCCAUAAGAUACGCCUGCUUGAGUGGAAGCUGCGUGGCCUUGUCCUUGAAUAUCUAUCCCGCGGAAGCCCACCACUCCGUCUUGACAACAUCCGCAGCUACGUACCCAAGGAUAUUCAACGGGGUAAGGCGGAAACUCCAGUCACAAGCCCUGAAAUUCUGCUUCCACGGUUCCACGCGUCUCGCGAUGAUGGACACGUCAUAAAGGUUGCUCGCUCAUUUCUGCUCGCUCAGAAAUUGACCCAACCCCAUUUGGACAAGCCAAAGCAGCCAGCUUGGCUUCGUCUGGUAGAUGAUGAAUCCUGGUUAAAGGCCCAUUACAUCCUACUUGACGCGACAGAAGGAGUCGAGGGAUUGGGCUUGGAGGGCAAUAAGAUACGCUGGGUCUACGGCAUCGGGUUCGAGGAAUCUUGGAGAGGCUCGCGUAUAGCGGGCAUGGAUUAGUACACGAUGUCUCAUUACUGCCUACAGUCGAGAUGUAUAAGAAUCUAAUUGUAUAUUGUAACUAUUAUUUAACGAAUACAAGCGACAUCGCCGCUCUGACACUGUACCCAAUCACUCCAAUUUCGAUGGUUUACCCAUCAUGCAAGCCAACUAUCCAAAACAUCAAUUAUUCAUGGACGAGGGGUAGAGCUCUCUCCUUCAUUUGCCCCAGCUUCCAAUAGCGCCCUCCACGCAGAGAAUCCUCCUUCCAGGUCGGUGGCAAACUGUAGGCCUAACCGUUGCAGCUCCCGUGCGGCCAGCGAGCUGGUAUAUCCUUCCGAGCAGCCAAUGACGACUCUGGUGUCAUAUCCGCGGGCGUCAACAAUAUCUUUGAGCCGGCUAUCUGCCUGCGGAUCGAAACGCCAUUCAAGAACAUUACGUUCUAUAACGAGGAUUUUGUGUCGGCCAUCAAUUUCUUCCGGUAGGUAUGCUUCGCCCUCGCGUGCUCGUUGCGCGGCAGGGCGAAUGUCCACCACAUAUGUUGGCGGCUGCUCAUCGUCUUGGAGCUCACGGAGGAGCUCGGCAGCUGAAAUUCGCUGGAGAUGGGAGCGCGCUUCCUCGAGGAUUUGCGCAAUGCUCUGUGCGCCUGCUGGCGGCGUGUGAAUCGACAUUUUGCUUCUUUGUAG